AUGCUAUCUCUUAAAUCCCCAGCGGUGCUGCUGUCCAUGGUCAUACUUGUUCCUCUGUUCGCUCUGGCUGUAAAACAGCCAUACGAGUACGACUUCUUCAUGUGGAAUGGUGCACAGGAGGAGUACGAAAAAGCACAUGGACAUAUUCCAUUUGAACCUGCGCACGUCGGCGCAGAUGAUUUCGAUAAACGCAUUCCUGAAUUCAAGAACAAGCUGCUCGAGACUGCGGUUGUCACGGGAAAACUCAAGGGCGCGAUCAAGAUCGGAGUAAGGGGUUCACGCGCUCAAGGCAACCGAGCUAUUUGGUUCACCACUAUCGUCCAUCCAGAGGACAGUGUGGGCAAAGAGAUGGACCUUCAACACGAACUGGCUUUGAUUCUUUGGAGGCAAGAGGCUUACAGGAAGAGCCUUUUGUGGAUUGACAUGGUUCCCAUUCGUGGAGUGCAUUGGGGCCUACAAGACCUGAAUACGGUAUUGCGACACUUCUGA